AAUGUUGAAAAAUGAAAAUGAUAUGUGUGCUUUUUCGCCGGGCCGUCUAAUCGUUAGUCGUUACAAACUGUUUGAAAUGAAACUUCUUUCCCAUGUCGUCAAGUUUCCUUCAAUUCUUGAAAACAGAUGUCUCGCUCACAUGAAGCCUCUUCUAACCCUCUCCGUUUCCUCAUUCUCAAACCACUCCUCAGUGCUCGAUACCCAUCAUUUUCUCCCACCUCAAACCGUCUCUAACGGGCUGCUUCUGUCGCUCUUACAACAAUUCUCGAAAGACAUUUUCUGGGUCACAUCAAUUCAUGCACAGAUUGUUGUAAAUUCCUUAUCCACUGACCAAUUUCUAGCUACGAUGCUUGUUAAGGCGUACGCUGAGUUGGGCUCCCUUGAAACUGCCCGCUAUGUGUUCGAUCAAUUUACUAAGCCAGAAGUAUUUCUCUGCAAUGCCAUGAUGAAUGGAUUUCUGAAGUGGGGGCAAUACUGUAAGGUGGUUGAGCUGUUUCGAAUGAUGGGUACGCUAGAUUUAAGGAUUGAUGGUUGCACAUGCACGUUCACGCUCAAGGCGUGCAGUGCCUUACCGGAUUAUGAGACUGGGAUGGAAAUUGUUAGGAGGGGUCUGGAUUGUGGGAUGCAAAAUGAUCGGUUUUUUGGAAGUUCUAUGUUAAGUUUCUUGGUGAAAUUUGACCACAUUGAUGAUGCACAAAGAUUGUUCGAUAAGAUGGGAAGUAAGGACGUUGUGUGCUGGAAUUCAAUGAUGGGAGGAUAUGUGAGAACCAGUCAAUUCAAUAAGGUUUUUCGACUGUUUUUUGUUAUGCGUAGGUGUAACAUUAGACCUAGUACUGUCACUAUGGUGAACUUGAUUCAGGCGUGUGAGGGAAUGGGGUGUAUAAGGAUUGGACAAUGUGGUCAUGGACUUGUUGUUGAGUUGGGAAUGGGGAAUGAUGUCACUGUUCUAACCUCCUUGAUUAAUAUGUAUAAUAAGAUGGGUGACCUUGAAAGUUCUUCUCUUGUAUUUAAUAGGAUGCCUACUAGAACUUUGGUAUCCUGGAAUGUGAUGAUUUCGGGAUGUGUUCAGAAUAACUUGGUUCAUAAAUCACUUGAAUAUUUUCAUGAAUUAGUAUGUCAUGGGAUUGCUUUUGAUUCCGGAACUCUUGUUAGCCUUCUUCAAGGUUGCUCACAAGUGGCUGAUUUAGGAGGUGGAAAGAUACUUCAUGCUUGCAUUUUAAGACGGAGCCUAGACUCGAAUGAUAUUCUAUCUACAGUACUUGUGGAUUUAUAUGCAAAAUGUGGAGAACUUGACAAGGCAAAUUAUGUUUUUACUCCUAUGAAAGGCAAAAAUGUUAUUACAUGGACUGCUUUGCUUGUUGGAUUAGCUCAAAAUGGAAAAGCUGAGGAUGCCUUGAAACUAUUCCAUCAGAUGCAGGAAGAGAAAGUUGUUGCUAAUUCUGUUACUCUGGUUGCUUUAGUCUACUGUUGUGCCCAUUUGGGGUCCUUGAAGAAAGGAAAAAGUGUUCAUGCUAAUCUACUUCGAUUGGGGUUUUGUUUUGAUGUUGUUAACAUGACAGCCCUUAUUGAUAUGUAUGCCAAAUGUGGUAAACUAAGUUUAGCAGAAAGGGUAUUCAAUACUGUGUCCAAUUCUGGUGAUGUUAUUUUGUGGAACUCUAUGAUUACAGGCUAUGGUGUUCAUGGUUUUGGCCACCAAGCUUUAAGCAUGUAUGACCAAAUGAUGCGUCAGGGAGUCGCUCCAAAUCAAACUACAUUUGUUGCUCUUCUAGCUGCUUGCAGUCAUUCUGGGCUUGUAGAAGAGGGUAUUGAUUUGUUUGAGAAGAUGAAAAGAGAACAUAAUAUGAAGCCAUCUGAAAAGCAUUAUGCUUGUUUUGUCGAUCUUCUUAGUCGGGCUGGGCGUCUUAAAGAUGCAGAAGCAUUUAUUAGAAAAAUGCCUUCUGAGCCAGGUACUGCUGUUCUUGAAGCUUUACUCAAUGGGUGUCGUUACCACAAGAACAUUGAUAUCGGCUUGAGAACUGCUGAUAAAUUGCUUCACCUAGAUUCCACAAACCCUGGUAUAUAUGUUUUGUUAUCAAAUAUAUAUGCUGAAGUAAGGAGAUGGGAUAUAGUAGAUUAUAUUCGGAGCAUGAUGAGGUUUCGCAGAUUAAAAAAAAUUCCAGGAUACAGUUCAAUUGAAAUACAUAACCGGGUCCACACUUUCUUUGCAGGGGAUGAUUCACAUCCAAACUGGCAAGAAAUUCAUAAGUUCUUAGAAGCUUUAAAAUCCGAGAUUGAAGCUUGUGGAUAUGUACCUGAUACAAGCUGUGUUCUCCGUGAUGUUGAUGAAAAGAUGAAAGUGAAAUUACUAUGGGGACAUAGUGAGAGAUCGGCAAUUGCAUUUGGACUAUUAAGCACACCAGCAGGAAGUGUGAUUCGCUUGACGAAAAAUCUUCGGGUCUGUAAUGACUGCCAUAUGGUUACCAAAUACAUAUCACAAAUAGUGCAGCGAGAGAUUAUUGUGAGAGAUGUCAAUCGGUUCCACCACUUUAGGAAUGGGAAAUGCUCUUGUGGUGAUUAUUGGUGAUAAGGGCUCUGAAAUCUAGCUUGGAGUUUGAACUGUUGUGCCAACAUGGUGUUACUGUAACUCUUGGUUUCAAAAGUUACAUUUCAUGAAAAGGCAUUUGCUUUGCAGAUUGAUGUCAAUACUGAUGGUUUCAUAGAUUUCCCCGAGUUUGUUGCUGCCACUUUACAUGUUCAUCAGAUGGAGGAACACAACUCAGAAAAACAGCUGCAAAGAUCACAAGCUGCUUUUCAGAAAUUUGAUGUUGAUAGAGUCAUAGAGAUGGAUUUAUUACUCCCGAAGAACUUAAAAUGCAUACGGGCUUAAAAGGCUCCAUAGACCCACUUCUAGAGGAAGUAGACAUCGACAAAGAUGGGAAAAUAAGCUUAUCAGAAUUCCGCAGUCUUUUAAGAACUGCAAGUAUGAGUUCACCGACAAUUACUAGACCCUCCGAGAAGGCAGGAGGUUCAAGAGUGAAAGAGUUUUUAUGGAGAUGUGCGUUAGAGCAGCAAAGUUUCCUUUCUCCUAGAUUUCUGCCCGGGGUCAUCGUAUGCAGACAAUGCAGUUGCUGUUUCUGCUCAUCUGCAAGCUAAGAGUAGCCGAGGGAUGCAUUGCCCAUCUUGCUUCUUCCCUCCACAAAAGCAUUUGACAAGGAGUUUCCAUCUGCCUACAAAGGGAUGGAUGGCAUUCCUAAUUUGGUAUAGCUAUUUAGUGUUGUGAGUCUCAUUUGCAAAGUGAAAUAUGCAAUUGUGCAAUGUAUGUGUGGAGAAAAUGCUUAGUGUUGACUUAUCAAGUGUUUG